AUGAAUCGCGCGAGGAAGAGACGGAGGGACGAGCCAUGGCACCAAUUGAGACGUGGAACUACUGAAAGGAGUGGCGGUGAUAUGAGGAGUGUGAGAGAAGAACGGAAAGGGGGGAGUGGCGAUGGAAGUUCGGGUUCUAGCUUGAGUCGACACGGGUCAAGUAAUGAUAUCACUGUCAGGGAUAUAACCAUAGACAGCACGGGAAACAGUGGCUGGCAGAGGGAUGCGGUUCCGGCAGACCUUCCUGAUGAGAAGGAUGCAAUAGAGAAGAGAGUGGCUAGAGCACGAGUACGAGCUGCAAUUGAGAAGUCCUCAGAUAGGGAGAACAGCAUGAACACAGGGUCUAAUGCAGAUCAUGGAGCAGUGAAUCCACGAGAGACGAAUUCUGGAAAUAGUGAGACCAGUCCAAGAAAUGGUGUGGAGAGUCUAAGAAGUAUCGCAGCACGGUCUGUGGCCAGUCAUAGUCGUGAUAUCAGACGAAUGUUGCUAAGGAAUAGCAAUGUUUCAUGGGAGUUAGGAUGGAAACUGGUGUGGGAGUGGAUCCGAUUAAUGGGUCUUGAUUCAUAUCCAUUAUUCACACUUUUUUUAAAGGAGUUUGGCACUAAACGAGAUUUCCACUGUCAUCAUCGUCAGACUGUGCCUGUCGCUGAUAUCACAGGGUACCGAGCGGGCAGCAAAAGAGACGUGUUUCUCGACUCGCGGUUACUGCCAAGUAUAAACACCAAGCAUCGAAUAGAGUAUAUUCCGUAUGGAGGAGUAUCUGGGGUGGUGAGCUUGGUUCAGAGCAUCUCCCAGUAUAACUUGUCUAUGGAAAUAGGGAACAAUAUUGUUCUCUUGGACUUAUCAGGACUGCGGAUUCCCCGCGAGUCGUUGAAUGAUAUGUGUCUGAGUUUAACCAGUUUGAAGUCGCUUGCUGGACUCGACGUCUCAGGAUGCGGGAUAUUAGAAAGCAGUAACAUACUGACUCUGUGGAGAGUAGCCAUGACCAGCGGAGCUUGGACCAACCUGAGACUGCUGUGUUUAGGAGAUUCUUAUUUAAACAGCACGACUAUGUCAGUUUAUCAGACCCUCUUCGAUACAUCUUUGGCGUAUAUCGAAGGGCCAUCAAACUAUACUCCAGACGAAACAAAAUGGGUUCACGGCAGGAACCUCACCGGAAUCAGCCCUCGAUUCACUGUUAACUAUUCCCUGGCAUUCAAAUACCGGUUCCUAUCGUCGUCGGCCAACAUCAACGAACCACGAGUGCGACUGCCCAAAGCCACUGUCCUGCAAGAAUUCAUCCUGACCAGAGACGAGUCCAGUCCACCCUGGCUCAGCAAACGACCCUCGUUCAACUGCCGCGACUGCUACAUCCGCAAACCCACUUCGUCAUCACCACCGACCCUACCCUCCAAACCAGCCUCCAAAUCCAAACUGACCAUUCGCAAAGACAAGCUCCGGGGCCCUCUAACCGCUCAGGGCUUCCUCUUCUGA